UUUCCCCUUUCUUUAGCUAUCAGAGCUGUUACCACCGUUGGGACGUAUGGCUUCAAAGAUGUCGACCGCUAGCAAUGGUGUUGAGGGGGCAGUCAAGCCUAGCUCAACCGAGGAUUGCACCCCAUCGGAUGAGAUUGACACGAACAUUUCGAUUGAGUUAAUUACAGUAGACGACGCUGAGGAUGUCCUGAAAUUGCUGAAAAAGUUCUUCUUCAAGGACGAGCCUUUAAACACAUUUGUCAAUCUUGGCGAAUGCAAGGAGCUAGAAAAAUAUUCCACAAAAAAUCUUCAUGACCACUGUUCCUACAAAGCAGUCAACGGGCGAGGCGAAAUUGUGGGAGUGAAUAUCAACGGAUUGAUCAACAAACCGAGAGAGACUGAUGAUGCUUCAGAAAAACUGGCUGAUGGUUGUGAUCAUCCCAAGUUUAAGAAAAUAAUGGCCCUUAUGGACUAUGUUGACGAACAUUUCAAUAUUUUCGAUUUGUAUCCCGACGUUGACCGUUUGCUGGAUAUUAAAAUUAUGUCGGUGGAUAGCCAUUAUCGUGGCUUGGGAAUAGCUGGAAAGCUCACAGAUCGUACUAUGCAGUACGUUAAGGAGAACAAUAUUAAAUUAGUGCACGUUUUAUGCAGUAGCCAUUUCUCAGCACGUGUGAUGGAAAAGAUGAGCUUUGAAGAGGUCUACAGACUACCUUACAGCGAUUACUUGGUUAAUGGAGAACAAGUGUUCAAUCCAGAGCAGCCUCAUAAUGCAGUUCGUAUUUUAACAAAAAGACUGGCCUAAAAUAGCCGCAAAAAGUAACUAUUAUAAAGCAGCAAUAUG